AAAACCGGUUAUUGUAGUGUGUGUGACACUGUGCGUUGGUGAUUAACAGCCCUGUACAACUGGCCGCUGAUAACGGCGAAGAAGCGGCACAAAGCGAAGAGCGUGAAUUCAAAUGCAGCAGCGUCGCGUCGCUUUUCUUUUGAGUUGGAAAAAGAGAAUUAGAAAACGUGCAACGUGUUAGUGGAGCGCGACCUGUAGAUUGCAUUACCUUAUCAGUGAAUUAUUUAACGGAAUAAUUUGAUAAUGGCCAGCACUUUUGCAGCUUCAAUGUACCCAAAGCUCACAAACGACAACGCUAAUGAUGAUGAGGAGGAGGAGGAAGACGAAGAUGAGGAAGAUUCGGCUGAAACGGGCUCGACGAGCUCUUUCAGUCUGCAAGAGUGCAUAAACGAGUUUCGUGCGCGUCGCAUCAGACGCGUCUCAACGCACAGUCGCGAUCGGGAAAUGGCCACAACCGCCGAGGAGCAAAAAGCGUCAACAACAGCUCCUGUCGCUGCUACUGUUCCUGUCUCUGUCGCUGCCGAUGCACAUUUAAUCAACCAGAAUCGCUGUAACAAGGAGCAGGAGCGCAAGGGCAAGCCGUGUAAGAAUGGAUUCUGUUACUGCUUCACUAGCGACAGCGGCGACUGUGCGUCGACGGCGCCGCCACGUGACUGGCACGUGCGUCAACACAGACGCAGCAGGCGCUCCGACAUUAACAAGACUGGCAACAACAAUUUAAACGCUCAGCAGAGCCAGAGGCAGAGCCACAGCCGUCGCCAGAGUGUUCACUCCGACAACAAAAAGCAGGCUGCCCUUUCCAGUCACACCUCCGUAUCCGGCAACCCUUUGACCGCCUUCAGCAGUUUACGCGCUGUGGGCGACGAUGCGCCGCUUAUCCACAUCAUUCAGGAGCUGCGGGACAACUGUGUCAUAUCGGAGGUGCGGGUCAACAAACAGAAGCUGCCCAGCACUGGAUGCUCAACGUCAUCCUCAAAAUUAGCUUCUUCAAAACAAAAGAAGACUCUACCAAAAAUGCAGAAGACUGAACGUAUCGAAUACAAGCCCACAGCGCCAGCUCUGUCCAACAUAAGUGAACAGGAGACACCGCUGGAGGAGUGCGACGACUUUCAACUGGAAGCCACCAGCCUGGCGGGUGAUAGCUUGCACUCCACACGUCGCAAAUCUCGUCGCAGCUCCAGCGGAGGAGGUCGUCUGCUGCAGAAGCGUCUGUCGAGCGGUGGACAGGUCAACUUUAAGCCACGUGAUGUGGAGCAGCCUCCUCCCAAGCCGCCUCGUCGCAGCACACAGAGUCUCGAUGGUAAAACCUCUUUAUCCUCGUUGACCUCAACGACGGCUUCGGUGCGAGAUGCCGAGCGUGUUCUGGAUGAGUUUCUUGCCAAGCACGGCGUUCAACUGCCGACCUCCAAAGUUGACAACUCAUCUAAGGUGAAGAGCAAGCGUAAAUCCUUUCCCUUGGCUGAGAUGGAGAAACCAAUGCGAGGUGUCCAAUUGGCAACCUGUCCCUCGUUGAGUGACAUUGAACGUGUGGUGGAGUCCAAACGUGGUGUCCACUAUGCCAAGAACAUUCAUAUGGCCACCAGAAAGAGCAUAGUGUCUGACAAGCCCAUGAAGGAGAUUAUAAUGGGCUGGACGGAGCCCAAGAUCAAUGAUAUGCUCAAUUACGACACUGCAAAGCAGGCACAAUUCAAGACUCAGGCAGCAGAGCCGGCGCCACAGGUUGCCAACAUGGGUUGGCAGGUUCCAGUGGUGCCCAAGAUCUCGCUGGACACCGUUGACGGAGUCAGUGAUAAUCUGGCAGUCAACAUGGACCAGAAGCACACUCCAAUUAAAUAUCCCCGCUUGGCCAGCCAGAAAUUCAUUUGGGGCGAACAAUUGCGGAAUCUGUCGCCUUGGAAUGGGAACAAGAAGCGCACAGGAUUCAGCAACAAAUCGAAAAAGUUUCUCAACAAUUCAAAGAAUAAAAUACUGCGCUUUGUGUCGCCCAAGAAGUCGAAUCACCAAAAGCAACAACAGGAGCAUAACCAAGAGAGACAGAUUCCAACGCCUCGUCUCUGUACAGUGGGCGUCCAAACGUCGACAUCUCAAUUGCAUCUGGAUCUGCAAUCACAGUCGCCGCCGGGCAGUUAUCAUUCGCCAGUUCAGUCCACACCAUCGGCAACAACCACGUCCACCAGGCAGCAUCACAUCCACAAUGAGAGCUCGGAGCAGCCCUAUUUUGAUUUCGAGCGAAAAGUGAAGCCACCAACGCCGCCUAAGAAAGUGCCUCGUGGUCAGCGUCCACGCAAGCUGAACUUUCAGGGCGACAGCAACACCCCUGCACCCUCCACUUAUCGCUCCUUUCACAAGGAUCUCGACAAGGAUGUCACAAUUAGCAAAAUGGGCUAUCUGCUGAGCAGCAUUCGAAACAAACUGGAAGCCACCGAUGAGCACGCUUCACGCACCUUUCGGGAGUGUUCGCGACUUACGCCCAUGGAGCAGCGGGAACACACAGGAGACGGUUUUGAUUGCACCGAUGGACCGAGUACUCGAACAAAGCGAUCGGCGACAGCUAUGCAACAUCAUCAAGAUCAUGGAAGAGAACCUAUUUACUCGGAGAUUGAGGAGGAUUGCAUGCACUUUAGCGGCAGUCCACAGUUUGAUGUGAGAACUGAGGCUCAGCUGGAGAUGGCAACAGCACCUGUAGUUACUCCUGCGACUACACCUCGAUAUACACCUACAAUAUCUGCAUCUGCAUCAGCCACAACUACAAUUAGCCAGGCAACACCUCAGCCUUCACCCUUGCCAUAUCCCAAGGCUCCAGUUGCGGAUUUCAGUGCACUCUAUGCCAAAGUUCAAAAGGCCAACAAAACACCGCCAAAGUCCGCACAGAUAAAGGAGGCAGUUGCUCCGCCCAGACCACUGGGUCAGUUCCUGCAAGAGUCCUUUAUGAACGGCAGUUUCUUUCAAUUUAUGCCACUGCCAGAUGAGCCUGCCAGCGAUACUUCCUACACGGUGUCCACCCUAAGGUCGACUAAUCGCAUCUCGGAGCAGCCAACCCUGCCAAUGCAUCAGUCGUUGAACAACAUCAACGAACAGCAUUCGCCGCCCAAGAAGAAUCGAAAUCUUUCCAAAUCUGAGCUAUCGCUGCAGCGCAGUGAGAUUUUCUUGGAGAAUCUUUGUCGCAGCGAGAUUGUGUUGGAUCACGACGACAAUGUGCGGCUGGAGAAGGUGCCAAAUACAUGUCUCAAGGCGAACAAUGCCGCUGCUGUGGAUGAAGAUACUGUCUCCUAUGAUAUGCCCAAUGAAAUCUACGACGAUUAUAGGAUUGAGGAUGGCAAUGCCAGUAGCGGCUCUUUUGCUACCAAUGGACAGAGUCAAUAUGGAUCGGUGCAGCUGGAACCGCCGCCACCUUCGUCAGAUAACCAGAGUACGCCAAAGAAGCAAAAUCAGCGCUUUACGACUAAGCCCACGCGCAUGCUCAACAUCGACAUUACCGAUGGUCCAGCUGUCCAACUGCCGAGUCGUGUCCAGAAUGCCAGUGUCAGUUGUCCAACGACACCACAGCAGACGGAAAAGCCCAGUAAUGUCAAGAUUGUCCACAGCAGCCUUGGUGAACUGGCGCAAACGUUGCCAAACGAGAGCAAUCAGUUGUCAGUGAGUACCUUGGCACGUUACCGCCUGCUCAAGGAUGCAGUGCGUCGAUCGUAUCGCAAGGGCAAGGACUUCUUGUUGGCCGAGAAAGAACGGCUGACGCACAGCCUUAGUAUUUCGCGUGAUCAGUCCAAUCAAACAGAAGCCGGCGAACUGGACAGCAGCAGCUACUAUGCCAGCUUCAAUCUGGACUCGCUGCUCAACGAUUCCCUGACGACCAAUGAGCAGCUGGCUCAAGCUGUUAGCAUUUGUCGCCAAAUGCCUGAGUUGGAGAUCUCCUCCGAAAUGGUGGAGGCGGAACGUCUGCUGCUCUUCUCCUCGCUGCGAAAGAAAGCGAUGCCGGUCUUGUCCAGCGAGGCAACGUUGGCAGCUCGUCGAGAAUCGCAGUGCAUCCUCAUUGAUGCCUUGCACUUGCCAGUCAAAGCUGACGUUAACCAGGACAUGUUCUUCAACUAUUACUACAUAUGCACCGUGGAGAGUGAGGGACGCAUUCGCUCCACACAGUCAAUCGAGUGCCAGAACGGUGCUGCAGCCUUCCGUGACUGUGGACUUGAGUUCUACAGUGAUGGACCAGCGGAGACGUUGGAGGUGCGCUGUCAGAUAUUCAUGCUGCGUCUGCGCAAGGUAUCAACGCUAUCCCUGGAGCCGCCAAAGACGUUGCUAAAACGCGGCAGUGGAAGUCUUGGCUCUGGUUCCUCCAGCAACUCAUCCCAGAGCGAACAGAUUGUGUCACGCUUUCGUCUGCACGCUUCCUUCACACUGAAGGCCAGUGACCUGGUGCCCUAUGAGCUGGUGACUAGCGAAGCGCAGACUAGCGACAGGAUCUGGCUGCGCACCUCUCGCACCUGGCAGCUGCCAUUGACGCCGCAUACGAAAUCCUCGAAUUUAAUGCCAGAGAUUUCGCUGAGUGGUCGCGUGGAGCUCUGCUUGCCCAAGUCUCAACACGCUGGCUAUCUCAACGUGCAGGAUGCGGAUCCGAAGAAGAAACACAACUGGAAUCGACGCUGGUGCACUCUCAACCGUCUGUGCCUGUCCGUGUGGCAGCACGAGCACAAUCUGAGCGACCAGCCGCCUUUAUUGCAGAUGAAACUGGAGACUUGCACGCAGAGUCAGUUGGAGGUGGCGCCACGAGAGCUGUGUGCUCGUGCGCGCAGUUUCCUGUUGCAGUGUCCCGACUCCGAGGCUUUCUUUGCAGCAGAUACUCAAAUUGAGCUAUUUGACUGGCUGUUGCAACUAAAUGAGGCAUUGGCAUUCGCUAGAACUUGGCUGAGUGCCUCCUAGAUAUGCAAUCCAUCUGCAAUCUUUAUAUAUUUUUUUUUAUAUUUAUAUGUUUACCAUAAAAGAUGUUAUAUAAUUGUUGUAAGUUAUGUCUGGAAGUCAUUUACCCGUUGUCUAGUCUCUCAACUACACUCACAAUCAUUCACAUUCAUUCAUUUAACUAUUCCAAUUCGACUGGAUUCCGUCAAGUAAAUAUAUGCAUUCCAGAAUUGCCAUUUUUUGUGUGCACAACAACAACAACAGUUUAUUACAUAAUAUACAUGGAUUAUUAUAUUAUAAUAUAGAUAUACACGCAUAGACAUAGAUAUACUUGUGCAGGAUACAAUAUGAUACAUUUUACUAUUAAGUAGUAAAUAUAUGUUAUGUAUAAUUUUGAUUGCGCUUUUGGUAAUACUCCGAAGUGAACGCGUACACAUAUGUGCCUAGUUAAUGGUUAUAUUAUUAGUUUUAAGCUGCUUUGUAAUUCCAUUUGCUCAUUACAGUGCAAAAAACAUAAAUUUUGAGGUUACGUUUGUUGUGGUAUUUGUUUGUUAAGCAAUUUACAUACUUAAAUUGUACAUUAAUAAUUACUACUAUUGAUUUUAA